AUGAGCCGCCCAUCGGCAAAGCUAUGCACAGAGUGCUUCCCAAGUGCACUUCGCGCGCAACGUGUCCGUCCUGCGACGUUGCGGGGUGCGCGAAGAUCCUAUACCACCGAGCGGAGGGUUCUCAAUACACCGCGGAGGCCGCACAGAUCUCCGUCAACAUGUGUUUACGAGCGCAUGUCGCACCGACUCGUGUCAAAAGCGCGGGGCCUCGCCAGCGUCGCGGAGGAAGACAAGGUUCCCUCUGCGCCGGAAGACGGGCCGAUGAAGGAGUACGAUGUGCGUGUUGAAGAGGGACGGUUACGAGACGAUGAGUACCAACGAGGUAUCAUUCAAGGCCUGCAAGACCUCUUCGAGGCACUGAAAGACUAUAACCCGCCGAAAGUCGUGCACCCGGAUCCUGAAUUGCUAGAUCCGCAGCCGAAGUCUGGAUUCUUUGGCUCGCUUUUUGGCGCAAAGAAGCCUGCCAAGUCGGCGAUUCCUGAUAACUUGCCCAAGGGAUUGUAUAUGUAUGGUGAUGUUGGUUGUGGAAAGACCAUGUUGAUGGACCUGUUCUUUGAUACACUGCCGCCGAAUAUUAAAGACAAGACGCGGAUUCAUUUCCAUAACUUUAUGCAGGAUGUACAUAAGCGCAUGCACGUCGUAAAGAUGAAGUAUGGAAAUGACUUCGAUGCGCUGCCCAUGGUUGCGGCGGAUAUUGCCGAGACUGCGGGCGUGCUCUGCUUCGAUGAGUUCCAAUGCACAGAUGUGGCGGAUGCAAUGAUCCUGAGACGACUCCUCGAAAUUCUCAUGUCUCACGGCGUCGUCCUAGUCACAACAUCCAACCGCCACCCCGACGACCUCUACAAAAAUGGCAUACAGCGCGAAUCCUUCAUCCCAUGCAUCAACCUUCUCAAAACCGACCUCUCCGUCAUCAACCUCAACUCCCCAACAGACUACCGCAAAAUCCCCCGUCCUCCAGCAGCAGUCUACCACCACCCCCUCGGCGAAGACGCCUCGCGCCACGCGCAAAAGUGGUUCGAUUUCCUCGGCGAUCCUGUCAACGACCCGCCCCAUGCCGACUCGCAGGUUGUGUGGGGCCGCACAAUCAAGGUCCCGCAGGCUAGCGGUAAAGCCGCACGUUUCACCUUUCAGGAACUCAUCGGUACAGCCACCGGUGCAGCGGACUACCUAGAGCUAGUCCGGCAUUACGAUUCAUUCAUCGUAACAGAUGUACCAGGCAUGAACCACACGCAGCGCGACCUAGCGCGACGAUUCAUCACGUUUAUCGAUGCGGUCUACGAAAGCAGGGCCAAACUAGUCCUCACAACUGCAGUGCCACUCGCGAACCUCUUCCUCUCCGAAUCAGACGUGAAAAGCACACUGAAAGACGCCGGCGAUCACUCCGAUCUCUCGGAUGCCAUGCGAAACCUAAUGGACGAUCUUGGCAUGUCUGUGCAAGCGUUGAAGAACACGUCUAUCUUCAGCGGUGACGAGGAGCGAUUUGCGUUUGCGCGUGCUCUUUCUAGACUUUCGGAAAUGGGGAGCAAGGAGUGGGUUGAGAGGGGUCUGGGGCUUGGGGCAAACGCCAAGGAGAACCAGGAGGAUAGGGAUGCUUGGAAGAAGACGAGGAGUCAUUGGAGUGAGGAUAAUAUGUAG